AUGUCAGGUUCAAAUUCGAACGAAGAAGCUAUUGCAACAAUCAAAACACUUUCUGAAGUUUUGGAAGCUAGAGGAUUUCAUUUGAGAAAAUGGCGUUCUAAUUCUCCACAAGUACUGUCUGAUUCUUUGCCUACUUCACCCAAAGAAGUUCAAAAUUUAGAGAUUCAUCCAGAUGAGUGCUCUAAAGCUUUAGGUCUCACUUGGGACUCCUUAAACGACUGCUUUGUUUUUAAAGUUAAUUUCAAAUUUGAAGGUAAUAUUACAAAACGAACAUUUUUAUCGCAAUCAGCUAAGUUAUUUGAUCCUCUUGGGUUUUUAUCACCAUGCACUAUUUCUAUCAAAAUAUUUUAUCAGCAGUUAUGGCUUUUGAAAUUGGACUGGGAUAAUCCUCUGCCUCAAGAACUUGCAACCAAAUGGGAAGCUUUUCAAAGGAACUUUGAGCAAGUGUGCUACAUUCGCAUUCCGAGAUGGAUUCAAACAACUAAUAAGAACAUUAUUCUUCAUGGUUUUUGUGACGCCUCAGAAUGUGCUUAUGCUGCUGUCAUCUAUGCAGUGCAGCCUCGUUCUGAUGAGGAGUCAGAAGUAAUUAUUUUGACAUCUAAAAGCAAGGUUGCUCCACUGAAGUCUGUUUCAAUUGCCAGACUUGAAUUAAAUGGUGCUCUGUUACUAGCAAGAUUAUAUUCCUCGACAAAGAGCAUAUUUUCAGACUGUGAUAUCUCAUUCCAUGCAUGGACAGAUUCUCAAGUAGUUUUAACCUGGCUGUCGUCUCCUCCCCGUAAUUGGAAACCUUAUGUUUCUAACAGAACUUCUGAAAUUUUAGACUUAGUACCAGUUAAAAGUUGGUCGUUCGUCCCAACGAAGGAAAAUCCGGCAGACAUUGCGUCCAGAGGAUUAACUCCUAAAUAUCUUCCGGAUUGCUCAAUUUGGUGGAAAGGACCUUUGUGGCUAAAAUUAACUGAAGAAAGCUGGCCUAAACAACUACAUAGAGCUGAAAAUUCAGAAACUGUCUUAAAGGAGAAAAAUAACUUUAAAUUUAGUUUCAAUACUUCUGUUAAUUGUAGUAUCAUUGAUAACUUAUUUCAGAAAUUUUCUUCAUUUUCUAAAAUUAUUGAUAUAUUAGUAUUUUGUUUUAGGUUUAUCUCAAAUUGUACAGUGGGAAAUCGUAUGCGAAAACCAGGUAUUUUGAGCAAUGAUAAGCCAUUGCCACUGACUACAUCUGAAAGAAAGCAGGCAGGUAAAGUGGUAAUUUCUUAUAUUCAAUCUGCGUAUUUUAGCGAUGAAUUUAAUUGCAUCAAGAAUGACAAGUCUCUACCAUGUAAAAGUUCAUUGCUAAGUUUAUGCCCAUUUAUUGAUAAAGAUGGCUUGAUUAGGGUGGGAGGAAGGUUGCAAAAUUCGCAGCUUCCUUUUUGUGCUAAACACCCAAUUAUUUUACCAGCUCAGCAUAAAAUUAGUUCAUUAUUAGUUAAACAUUUUCAUAUGUUACAUUUUCAUGCUGGUACUACUUUAUUACUAGGUAUUUUGCGCCAACAGUAUUGGAUUAUAGGUGCUAGAAAAAUUACCAAAAAAUGUAUUCAUAACUGCGUUAUUUGUUGUAGAUAUAGAUUUUUUGUUUCAAAACAAAUAAUGGGUAAUCUUCCUGUAGAUAGAGUUACUCUUACUAAACCGUUUUCAGUGUGUGGGGUAGAUUAUGCUGGCCCAGUUAGUAUUUUGAAGCAUAGAGGUAGGGGUGCCAAAACUACUAAAGGUUACAUAGCGCUAUUUGUUUGUUUUGCCACCAAGGCUCUACAUUUAGAGUUAGUUAGUGAUAUGACAUCUGAAACUUUUAUUGCUGCUUUGCGCAGAUUUUGUUCCCGAAGAGGAGCUCCAAAGCACAUCCAUUCUGAUAAUGGUACUACCUUUGUCGGUGCUAAAAAACAGUUGUCAACUGUAUACAACUUUGUGUCCUCUAUUAAUAAAGAUGAAAAAAAUAAGUUAUUUCUUGUCCCAAAUGAAUAUUAA